AUGUUCGAAGUUACAAGCGGGCAUAAGACCAUCAACAACGAGGAUGUGCAACAUAAUGGCGAAUUAUUGGAAGCGGAAGAGAAUCACAUGAAUGAUGACGUGAGCGAGUUGGACUGCUUUGAAUCGUACUAUUGGGAGAUUGAGCACACUGUAGCAUACGUCAAAGAAGGCCAGCAAGAUGACACAUCAUUGGACAGUGACAUUGAGGAUGGCGAUAGUGAUGGCGAGGCAAGUGUGGAUGAAGAAGCAGAUAGUUACCAGGUCAAGGCAAGUGCCGACCGCCUUCUUGAAGAAGCACCAAAGGAACGCUACAACAAGAAAACAUUCUUCACUCAGGUACAAGUUAAAUGGUACAAGCCUUUUUGCACUUUUUAUCCCACCAAGCCAAAGGUGGCGAAAGAGAAGAAAAAGAAGACAAUUAUUGAAGAGGAUGAGUACGACAGCGGAAGGGUGGUGGACCGGGCCAUCGGACUGGCUCAAAAUUACAUUAACACGGCUGAAUGCUCCAUCACACCGGCACUCAAUGCCAAGAUGAAAGAAUACAAGAUUGCUGAUCAAUGGCGUCCACUAGAGCCUUUGAUGCGGUCUCAAGGUUUGGCAAGGCGACCCAUGAGCAGAGGACUGUACGGAAGGAUCAUGAAAGGAGUAGACUUUGAAUAA